AUUGAAUGCGAAUGUUUCUCGCUAUGACGUUUAGGGGCAGUGAAAAUUGCAAUUGCUGUCACUGCCGACCCGGAACACGAUAGCGGAGCACCGCUGACAGCUCUGGCGUUACUUUUGAAGAUUGAAAUAACCUACGGAGCAAAAUGGGUGUCUUAUCCCUCUACAGAUAUGUAAUGUACGAUUUGGCUGAGAAAAGCAUAUUUAUAAUGAAACGUUGAAAGAUGGAAAGCAAACAGUUUUUGUGGAGGGAAUGGGAUUGGAAUAUUUUGUUGAAACAAGAGAGACGAGAGGAUGGUAUUUUUUUAAAAUUUAAACGCAACUCACAAACUGAAGUCCACGAUCCCCGAUGGAAAAACUAUUUUCUAGUCGAGACGCCUUGGCCAGUGCUGUUUAUUAUCUGCAAUUACAUUUACUUCGUGAAAGUGUGCGGACCUAAAUUUAUGAAGAAUAGAGAGGCAUUCAAAAUUGAAUGGCUAAUUAAAGUGUAUAAUACUGUGCAGAUAAUAUGGAAUCUGAACUUAUUUUUUUAUGUGUUCCGAAUAGCAUAUCAUGCUCAAUUUAUGGAAGAUUUUAACGCAUGGUGUCUUCCACUCAAUUGUUCUGAAGAUGAUGCGUUUUCAAUGAUGCUGUUUCAUGGCGGCAAUACAACGACUACAGGAAUUGUCAAUGGACUAAUUCAUGUUAUGAUGUACUCAUACUACCAAUUGGCUCUUCUGGGGUAUACUGUAUGGUGGAAGAAAUAUCUAACCCAGAUGCAAAUAAUCCAGUUUGUCAUCGUCUUCAUCCACAACCUUGCAGUAUUCUUUGUUAAGUCGUGCAACUAUGGUCUCUUCAUUACUCUUCUAACACUAGUACAAGCUAUAUACUUCAUCUACAUGUUUACCAAUUUCUACUUGAAGACUUACAGAAAAGAAAUUAAGAAAAAUUGAAUGUUAUCUACAGAAACUCCACGUUGAUGUACCAACACAAACGCAGACCUCGUUUGUCUGGAGCUUAGCUCUGCGGUAGGGAAGCGAUAUCAAUGACGAUGUUUUCAGAGCAUCGAUGUUUAUAUGAAUACGUUUUCAUAAAAACGACGAUGUAAUGAACAUCUAUUUUUAUGACAAUGUUGUUUUGUGCUCGACGUUUUUCGUGGUCGAUGUUUAAUGUUUUAAAGAAAUCCUACUUUCAUUCCAAAAAUAAUAUAACAGUUUUCAAAUAUUUAUAUAUUGAAUUUUUUUGAAUGAAGAGAGCAAGGUAGAGAAAUAAGUUAGACGAGUUUUUGUCAAUAAAUAUAGUAUAUUUUUUUAUUUAUCACAUCGGAUGGUAGAAGUUUUGUUAAUUGUUCUAAAUAUUUGUUGACUUUAUCAAUUACACAUUAAUGAGCAUGACCACUGUCAAAUUAAAUGCCUCUUUCGUGAACUUUUCAACUUACUAAGCAAAACAAAAACAUCGAUGUUAAAAAACAUUGUUAUUGGCGAUGUAUCAUUAGCCAGAUUGAUUCAUUUUGAACAUUAUGUUUUUGUGGCGAUGUCGCAUCCCCACUCAUCUCUGAGAGGACGUGUUUUCUCUGGGAAGUCAAGGGUGGAACCUGAAAAUCACGUGACAAAGGAAACUCAACAAUGCAGCAUUAAAGUGCAAAGCGGGAACUUACUCAAGGGGGAACGCGGGAAAAUUUGAAAACCAAGUGAACAAUCAGUACUGGCAUGACAAACUUUUUUUUAAUAUUUUUGUUCCUCGCAACCUACUAUGUAGUGUAAAAAAAUAUUGUAAUGCUGCAAAAAAUUAUAUUUUUUCUGUAAGAAGAGCUCAGUUUUUGGGCCCCAAAGACCUCAAAAAAUAUGUUUCUUCCUAUAUACAGCAAUAAAAGAGUAAUCAGAA